AUGGGUAGUAGUAGUUUGCCUAUGUCACAACAGAUGUAUUUUAGUACACAUAAUGCUUUAAGAAUUAAUGAAGAAAAUGAUGUUAUAAGUACAUUAUUUUAUGAAAUAAAUGGAAACAGACAUAUAAGUUUGUUAAUUUUUCCCUUUUAUGAUGUUCAAAUGUUAAAAAGAUUAUUAAUAAAAAAAUUAAAUUUACCAGGAGGUAUUAAGGUAAAUGAUAUUAUAAUAUUUUAUAAAGGAAUAAAAUUACCAAAUUAUAGGAUAAUUAGCACAUAUUUAGAUAAUAAUAAUAGGAAUGAAAAAAAAAAGAGAAAAACAGUUAAUAAACUAUAUUGGGCUAUUAAAGACACCAAUCCUAAUGCAUCCAUAAGAGUAAUAGAUAACAAAAGUUAUCCACCAUUUUUUGAGAACAUUUUAAACGAAAUUAAAUUAGCUUUUAAAAAAAAUAUUUCUCCUAAAUUAACAAUGGAUGGUACAGGAGGAACUUAUCUAUUAUUCAAUGGAAAGAAAAAAGUAUGUUCUGUUUUUAAACCAUUAGAUGAGGAAGCUUUUGCACCUUUUAAUCCUCGAGGUUAUGAAGGAAAAAUGUAUCAAGAAGGAUUUCGUUCAGGAGUAUUAUCAGGAGAAGGAGCAAGUAGAGAAAUUGCUGCUUAUAUUUUAGAUAAUAAUUAUAAUAAUUUUAGUAAUGUACCUUGUACAAUUAUGGUAGAAGCUUGUCAUCCUCAUUUUAAUAAUAGAAGCAAAUUAAAAUAUAUAGAUAAUGAAAGUAAUUUAAAAUGGAAAUGCGGUUCUUUACAAGAAUUUAUAGAUUCAAAAGAAAGUGUUGGUAAUUAUGAUUAUAAACAAUUUAGUAUUAGAGAUAUACAUAAAAUUGCUAUACUUGAUAUAAGAGUUAUGAAUUUAGAUAGAAAUGAUGGUAAUAUAUUAGUUUCUCCUUUGAAAAGUUUAAAAGAUUCUUAUAAUCAAUUUUUAUAUAGAAACAAUCAAUUUUUUAGUACAAAUAAUGAAGAUAUUCUUAAAAGAAUAGUAACAAUAGAUAAAAAACCAUCAAGAUAUAGUUUAAUACCAAUAGAUCAUGGUUUAAUUUUACCACAUAUAAUGGAUGUAGCAGAAAUUGACUUGGUUUGGUUUGAAUGGCCUCAAACAAAAGUUCCAUUUGAUGAUGAAGAAUUACAUGUUAUCUUUACAUUUGAUCCAGAUAAGGAUGCUGAGAAAAUUAGAAAAAAAUUAUUAAUAAGAGAAGAUUGUAUAAGAACUAUGAGAGUAUGCACUCGUUUAUUACAAAUAGGGGCAAGAAUGCAUUUGAAUUUGUAUGAAAUUGCAAAAAUAAGUACAAGAAAAAAUAUCGAUGAUGAAUCUAUACUUGAACAUUUAGUUAAAGAUUCAAUUAUCCAAGCAUACCAAAUGAUGGAUUAUACUUCGUUAAUGAGUACAAAUAGGUUAGGACAUAUAUUAGAUUUAGCAGAAAUUAAAAUUAAUAAAAAGAAAAAAAAUAAUAAUAUAAAAAGUAAAACAGUAGAUAAUAUUGAUGAUAAAAUUAAGAAAUCAGAGGAUAUUAAUGAAAUAAAUAAAAACAAAGGAUUUCAAGAAUUCUCAAACACAAAAAAAAAUGAAUAUGGAUCAUUAGAAGAUAAAAAGGUUAAUUAUACAACUUCAGUAAGUUUCAAAGAGAUAAAAGAAAGCAUUUCUAUAAAAGAACAUCCAUUUUCAAAUAAUCAUUAUCAAAAGGAAGAUAGUAAAAUAAAUAAUGCAAAUAAUAGCAUAAAUAGUAAUAUUAAUAUUUUUUCGGAUAAUGUAAAUAUAUGUAACAAGAAUGUAUCCAGUAUUACUAAUUGUAAGGAAAUUUUAAAAAAAAACGAAAAUACAAAAGACAAUAAAACAUGCGAACAAUUAUAUUCAUCGAUAAAUCAAAUAAUUGAAGAAUGUAAAUAUAACGAUAAGAAUAAAAUUGAGGAUAAGAAAUUGUAUAACAUACAGAAUAAUGAAAUUAGUGAAUAUAAUGCAUUUUACAAAAAUAAAAAAUCAGUAAAAAUGAUAAAUGAAACAAAUAAUAAUAGUUCACCGAUUACUUCUUUUAGUAGCACAAGUGAAUAUGUUAAUGCUACUACCAGCUCAACUUCAAACAGUUAUGACUCAUCUUUGAAUAAUGAAGAUAAAUGUAAUAAUUCAAAGAAAUAUGAUUCACAUAAUGAAGAGUUAAAUGAUAAUUCAAAUUUACCUAAUUAUAAAUCUACUUUUCUUAAUGGUCCAUUAAAUAAAUCUAAAAUUAAGAAAAAAAAGAAAAGAGAAAAAAAAAAGAAACAUAAGGAUGAAAAUGAAAAAAAAAAAGAAAUAAAAGAAGAGGAAGAAGAAAAAGAAAAAGAAAAAAAGGAAAGAAAUAAUGAAGAACAUGAAGAUGAUGAUGAUGAAGACGAAGAUGAAGAAGAGGAGGAAGAAGAAGAAGAAAAUGAUGAUGAUGAUGAUGAUGAAACUUUUAAAAAACCAUCAGGGACGAUAAAAAGAAUAAGUGAAAAUACAGGAACAGCUUAUAGAAAUAUGGAAAUGAAUAAAAUAAAUUCAAUAUGGAUGAUAAGAGAUAAAAAUAAUAAAAUUAUAAAUGUAAAAUGGGAAAAUAAAAUUUUUGAGAAGCUUUUUUUUGAAACUUUUGAAAAUUAUGUUAAGAAAUAUAUUAACGAUUAUCAUCCUAAUUGGAAAAAUUACCCUUAUAAUGGUAAUAAAAUUACAUCCAUAAAACAUUCUUACUUAAAUAGUAUAAAAUAA